GUAAGGUGCCAAGGAGAUCAUGUACUGGGUGGGCAGACAUGAAGAGCUGGGUGGGCUGACACUGGCUGAAGACGCAUCUCGGUGCGGGGACGUAUAAGCCCGAUGUAGCUGGUAGUCAAGGGCUUUCAAAUACAAAUCGGCAACCUCUUCCUGCACAUUGCCUUGGAAAUUUGCCUGUAACUAUGACGACCUCUUGCUUGUCACAUGAUCGCUUCAUCAAGCCCGAUACACUAAAUACUCCGGUGCACAACACUAACUAACUCUUUCCCUGAGCUGAUCUAAGACUGCCUUUGCGAUCUAUCUGAUCCAACAAGCUCGUGAUGUCUAAAACCAUUGCUGUGACUGGGGCCACAGGGUCCCAAGGAGGCGGAGUUGUCAACAUAAUGAGGAAGAGUCCAGGGUGGUCCGUCCGAGCCGUCACCAGGAAUCCGACCAGCGAGGCUGCCAAGAAGCUUGCUGCAGCGGGAGUCGAAGUCGUGCAAGCCAGCUUCGACAAUGAGGCCUCACUAGUCAAUGCUUUCCAGGGUGUGAAUGCCGUGUUUGCCAUGACCAACUGGUGGGAACACCUGUUCUCGGGCAAAUCUCAGGAUGAGUCUGGCCUGCUUGAAGAGGAACAGGGCAUGAAGAUUGCUCGAGCUGCAGCUCAGACCUCCACUCUGGAGCAUUAUAUCUGGUCGACCACUCCAAGUGCCAAGCGUAUUCUCAAUGGUCAACAUUCAACUCCACACAUGGAUUACAAGGCAAACGUCGACGCCCGUAUCAAGUCAGAGUUGCCCGACUUGGCGGAGAAGACAACAUAUCUCUACUUCGGCUUUUACCCCCAGAACUUAGCGUUCUUCCCUCUCCUCAAGCCAAUACAGCACGUGAGUCACGUCUGUCUUCAACUCAGUCGAGAAUGCUGGUUGACGUCUAUACAGCCCUCCACCAGAGCUUGGAUUCAGAUUGUGCCUACUAAUCCAGAUGCAAAAAUAUUGAUAGCGGGUGACAUGGCUGUCAAUCCCGGUAUCUGGGUCCGUCAAGUCUUAGCGACUGGCCCCAAGGCGUUCGGAAAGUAUGCCAACGUCGCGCUUGAGAAAUGGACCUUCCAGAAUAUUAUGGAUGUUUGGGCGGAAGUUACGGGCAAGACAGGUGUGCUUAUGAAGUGCACACAGGAGGCCUACAGCCGCCUUUGGGGCCCACCUGGUCAUGAGUUGGGUUUGCAGUUCAAGUUCGGCGAGAUGUGUGACCCUUGGCAAGAGACUGAGGAGUUCAUAAGCCCCGCAGAGCUUGAUAUAGACACCAACGAAGUAGUUGGUUUUAGGCAAACCAUUGAAGGGCUGAAGAGCUUUUUCUAA